UUCUGCUUCCUAGUCCUUCAAAACCCACAAUUUUUUUAAUCCAAAGAUAUAAUAUUUUUGUUAUAAUAAUUAUAAUUUUUUUAAUUAGAACAACGUUAGCUACAUUUGGUGAAAAACCGUGCUGGUGAAGGGAAUUUAGUAUCAAGUCGUUGGGCUUUCACUGUCUUUCUAUCUCAUCAACCUCUGUGACUCGUUAUUUUGACCCGAAAUUCGUUUGCUUGAGUCCUUUUGAAGCAACCCUUUUGUUUCUUAAGUUAUUUCCUGUGAUGGGUUUGGAUUAUUCUGUUGGAUGACUGGAACUUAGUUGUUGAAUUUUUUUUAUUUUAUUUUUUAGAUAUGGUUUGUUUGGGGUUUCAUAUGGUUGAGGUUGGCACUGAAAGAUUGGAGCUUUGGUUGGUUAUCAGGAGUAGAAUGGGGAUUUUGUUGAGGAUUGCAUUUGGGUGGUGUGUGUUUCUGUUGUUUCUUAAUCCAGUGGCAAGUCUGAGACCCUUAAGGGAUAGAACUAGCUCGUGGGGCGAUGAGUGGCUUUUUACAAGAAAAGACGAAAGUGACUUAGGUCCAUUUUCACAAUGGAACAUAACUGGAACUUACAAAGGGGCUUGGAAGUUUUUAGAUAUCACAAAUGGCUCUGCCAAAAUUCCAGAUAUCAGAAAAACAAAUGGAAAUUCUGUAAUUGAAUUAGUUAGUGCGCCCACAAAAAUAACUGGUGUACAUUAUGUGCAGGGGGUAGUUAUAUUCCAUGAUGUGUUUGACAACGAAUACAAUGUUGGUGGUGCUCAAAUCAAAGUAGAAGGUGUAUAUAUAUGGCCUUUUAGACAGCUUCGACUGGUAGCCAACAGUGGAAAAGAGGGAGGCCUGAAUCAGGAUGAAGAUUAUAUUUUAUCCAACCCAUAUCAUCUGCUUGGAGUUUUCUCAUCUCAAGUAUUCCAAGAAUCUUCGCGGCACAAGUUGUGGAAAAGAAAGCAUUCUCCAUUGCAUGGCAUGGAGAAACAUUGUAAUGUAGAAAUUGCUGCACAGGUUUCACGCUUGUCAUCAUCAAAACAUGGGGAGCAUGAUUCUUUUCGGCUAGAAGGGUUAAUGGAGAGUCCAUCGGUGGAUGACGAUGGGGACUGCUUCUCACCUUUACAAUUAAAUGCAACAUCUAUUAACAUUGAAGUCUACUAUAAUAAAGCAGUGAACUAUACCUUGAUGGUUACUUUUGUCUCAUUCUUGCAAGUUCUUCUAUUGAUUCGGCAAAUGGAGCAUAGCAACACCCAAUCUGGGGCUGCUAAGGUCUCAAUAUUAAUGAUUGGUCAACAAGCUAUAAUGGAUGCUUAUCUUUGCCUUUUACAUCUGACAGCAGGAAUACUAGUUGAAUCCUUGUUCAACGCUUUUGCAACUGCUGCAUUUUUCAAGUUUGUGGUUUUCUCAAUAUUUGAGAUGAGAUAUCUCCUUGCCAUCUGGAAGGCAAAUAGGCCUUCGAGUAACGGUGAAGGUUGGGAGAUAAUGAGGCGCGAGCUUUCAGUUUUAUACAGCCGUUUCUAUGGGAUCCUGUUGGGAGGCAUUCUGCUCAUGUAUGAGUUCCAUAAUUAUUUGAGACCUAUUCUUCUUCUUGUAUACUCCUUUUGGAUACCUCAGAUAAUCACCAAUGUUGUUCGCGAUUCGCGCAAACCAUUGCAUCCUCAUUACAUCUUGGGCAUAACUGUUACUCGGCUAGCAAUCCCAUUAUAUAUUUUUGGUUGUCCUAACAACUUCGUUCGGAUAGAGCCUGAUCAGAGCUGGUGUGUUUGUUUAGCUGUAUUUGUUGUACUUCAAGCUGCAAUUCUCCUACUUCAGCACCAUCUUGGGUCCCGAUGGUUCAUUCCUCAUCAGAUUCUACCUGAAAGAUACAGCUAUCAUAGGAGGUUUGCUCAAGAUACAAGUCAUGCCACAGACUGUGUUAUUUGCAUGACAGCCAUUGAUCUUGCUCCGCGAUCCAAUGAUUGCAUGGUGACUCCUUGUGAUCAUUUUUUUCAUUCUGGCUGUUUGCAAAGAUGGAUGGAUGUAAAGAUGGAGUGCCCAACUUGCCGGCGCCCACUUCCACCUGCAUGAAGAGAUUUCCACUUUGUUCAUAUCAGUAGGAUCAACUGACACUGCCCAACUUGAUAAUUUUCGGUUGGGAUAGAAUCCAUAUUCAGUAUAAUUGCACCUUCAGUACAAGGCUGAAACACUAUACUUCUCAUAAUUGUAUCAUGCGGCAUUGGUUUGUAGCUGAUUCAACAUCAACAUCAACUUAUUAUUUUAGGAUUUUUUUUUUUAGCUGAUUAUGUAUCAAAAACGCUGUAUAUUAGAAAUUCCAAUAAGAUAAUCUUUUAAAUUC